ACCAACCAAGCAUGUGUCUGCCGUCCUGACGUGUGCUGUCAGAGAGAGAAAUGACGCCCCCGCUGUUCGUUGCCUUGAGCCUUCUGGGUAUGGUCGUCAGGCUGCCUACUGCUGCUGCCCAGCCCACCACAGUAUCCUCAAACUCGGUACCACAGUUCAGCAAAGGCGUAGAUCUGGCCCUGAACAGAACAGUCUGGUGUGUGUGCCCUGUCCACACAGGCUGUGAAGCCGGCCACGGCGGACUCGCUGCCGUAUCUCAUUGUGGUGGGCGUUGUGGAACAGGGCAAGACCUACCUGUCUGUGCUGGUCCGUCAGGCAGCUGGCACAACACACGAGUGGAUGUGCUCUGCCGUGCUGUGCUGUACUCGUGUGUGUUAUCGUUGUAGAAUUACGGGUCCGGCAGCGUCUCUCUGACGACGCUCGAUGAGUACAACACCCAGGUGUCAUCCGCCACCAUCGCACAGGACGACUCGCUCACCAGACAGACGCCUUUCGGUGCGAGCAAUGAGCUGACCUUCAUCUUUGAGGCGGCGAAUGGCACAGAGGUGUUCCGCCAGACAGACAAGAACGAUCUCAAACACACCCUCGACGCUCAACAGCAAGAUGUGGCGAUGGUCAACCUCAAGGUCAUGCCGAACAACGCCCUGCAGCUCGUUGUGGGCAACCCUUUGGCGUUUGACCUUCUGGUGCGAAUUGAGCACCAGGGCGAGAGGCUCUCUGGCCCCGGCAGAAUCCGCCCAACGGCCGAGUCUGAUUGGAUGCAAGUGGGGUUUCUGAGGCGGCUAGAGGAGGGCGAUGACUUCUACGUCUCCUUGGUGCCCAAGAACGAGGCGGAUGGCACUUCGCUGGUGGCGUUUGGCGCCAUAACGAACUGGCGGCCGUUCGUCGCACAGAGGAGGAGGGCACUCAGACGUGCAGUCUGAGUGACCACACAGGAGGUCGGCGAGAGCGCAGACCUCAUACUGUCACCCCGGGAACACCUUCCCGUCUCUCUGGCCGGUUUUAGGUGGCUGUUCGUGGGUUAGGUUACUUGCUUGACUGUCUCUCCUAUUUGUUAUGUGUUAUGUGGGUGGGUAAGUGGUGGCCAUUGACUGAUUGAGGCGGGGCGGUGAGUGAGGCGGCGAGAAAUGACGAGACGAAAUAGGCGUCUCGGUCUGUCCAUCCAGUGAAUAUCCAUCCGUGUUUGUGUGGCGGUGUGUGUCGAUAGUAGAGUAGAUUGAAUGUGUGGAGGCAGGCAGGUAGGUGUAUCCUCCCUCCACACAGAACUCUUUUUGGUUCGCUGCAUUGCAAUGCAUUGAUGCCUUUCUUCCGUCGUACUGGUUGGUACCUUGAUCUUGGCGACGAGAGAUUGUGAAUGGCGGGCCGUACAUGUGUGGGAAUGGGGGACGCUUGAGCCAUUGUUUCGUGAAGCUGGUCUAUUGCUGGAUGGAUGGAUGGAUGGGCAAUUGACCAGUGUGUGUGUGUGUAUGAAGUGACUUCCGUGAACGUCAACGCAUGCGC